GCCAUGACCUUCGCGGAUCUGCUGGCCCACCUGGGCGGCAUGGGCCGCUUCCAGGUGACCUACGUGGCCGCCCUGGCCCUGCCGCUCCUCAUGCUGGCCAGCCACAACCUUCUGCAGAACUUCACCGCCGGCGUCCCCGAGCACCGGUGCCGGCCCCGGCCGGGGGCCAACGGCACCGCGCCGCUCCGGGCGGCCGCCCCGGCCGACGGCCGCUGCCGCCGCUACGUGGAGCCGCGGUGGCACCUCUUGGAGGCCAACGGCACCGUGGCCAACGGCACCGAGGAGGCUCCCACCGAGCCCUGCCGCGACGGCUGGACCUACCAGGAGGGCGUCUUCGCCCACACCAUCGUCACCGAGUGGGACCUGGUGUGCGAGUCGAGGACCUUGCGGCAGGUGGCUCAGUCCAUCUACAUGGCCGGGAUCCUGCUGGGCUCCGGCGUCUUCGGGAUCCUCUCGGACAAGUUCGGGCGCCGGGCGCUGCUCAUCUGGUGCUACCUGCAGCUGGGGGUGGCGGGGACCUGCACCGCCCUGGCCCCCUCCUUCGGCCUCUACUGCCUCUGCCGCUGCCUCGCCGGCCUCGCCGUGUCCGGCGUCACCCUCAACUCGGCCUCCCUCUGCAUGGAGUGGAUCCCCACGGAGCUGCGGGCCGUGGUGGGCACCGUCAACGGCUACUGCUACACCCUGGGCCAGUUCGUGCUGGCGGCCGCAGCCUUCGGGCUCCCGCGCUGGCGCUGGCUCCAGCUCGCCGUCUCCCUCCCCUUCUACCUCUUCUUCCUCUACUCCUGGCUCUUCGUGGAAUCGGCCCGGUGGCAGGUGACGUCCGGGAGACCCGACCUGGCGCUCGAGGGGCUCCGCAAGGUCGCCCGGGUCAACGGCAGGAAGGAGGAAGGCGACAAACUGGACGUGGAGGCUCUGCGCUCGCUGCUGGGCCGGGAGGAGCCGCCGGCCGGGGCCGGCCGGGGUCUGGCCGCGCUGGCCCGGACGCCGACCAUGAGGAGCAUCUCCCGCGGCGUCGCCUUCAUCUGGUUCUCCACCAGCUUCGCCUACUACGGGCUGGCCAUGGACCUGCAGCACUUCGGGGUGGACGUCUACCUGACGCAGGUGGUCUUCGGGGCCGUGGACAUCCCGGCCAAGCUGGCCUCGGCGCUGGUCAUCACGGGUGCGGGGCGGCGGGUGGCGCAGGCCGGGGCCCUCGGCCUCGCCGGCCUCUGCAUCCUCAGCAACAGCCUCGUGCCCCAAGAGCAGCAGAUGCUGCGCAUGGUCUUCGCCGUCGUCGGGAAGGGCUCCUUGGCCGCCUCCUUCAACUGCGCCUACAUCUUCACCGGGGAGCUCUUCCCCACCGUCAUCCGGCAGACGGGCAUGGGCCUGGGGGGCACCAUGGCCCGCGUGGGCAGCAUGGUGGCCCCGCUGGUGCGCAUCACCGGCGACGUCUUCCCGGCGCUGCCCCUCGUCAUCUACGGGGCGGCUCCCGUCGUCUCGGCCGUCGCCGUCUGCUUCCUGCCCGAGACCCGCGCCACGCCGCUGCCGGAGACCGUGGAGGACGCGGAGAGGCGCCAAAAAGGGCCGUUUCCGCCCCAAAAGCAGCAGCAGCAGCACAACCCCGAUACGAGCCGGCGGUGA